AUGUCAGCAAACUCGUCGGUCUCUCUGGCUUCAAAGAACGCGUGCAAUCCAUCCCAGACGCCUUCGCCUUCACAAUCGCAAAGCGGGUCUUCCAUUGGGAUCGAGGGUCAUACACAGCGCCGGAUUGGUGGUUCGGGAAGCUUCGGCAUAGGAUCGACGUCGCGGUCCAUAUCCUCCACUGCGAGGAACAACCAGCCCCUGAAGAAACAACACAAAGGCCAAAGGCGGCCCAGGCUUGCGGAUGAGGAUGCUGCUGCUGAAUCCGCGGCCAUGCAGUCUACCAAUAGUCGGAAAGGACGGACUUCGAUAACCCAUUUGAUGAACUUCACUUUACCCCCUCGACCUCAGUCUUACCAACCUCAUCACUUCGGUCGCAACACAAGACGAAACCCCACUUGGGGGCUGGGAUCUGGCUAUCAUGCUGAGGAUAAGGCCAAAUACAUACAUGCCAACUACCGCUUCAUUGUCAAUCCGAACGGGGCUUACCAAGCCCAAGGCGUGGACGCAGAUGUGCAUUUAGACUGGAGUAACGUUUUGCAGAUCCUUGUUUCUGCUCAAUCACAAUCAACCAAUUGUCCCAUAUGCUUGUCGACCCCGGUGGCUCCUCGAAUGGCCAAAUGUGGGCAUAUUUUCUGUCUACCAUGCCUGAUUCGAUUCAUGCACUCGUCUGAUGAUACCGGCCCAACACCUGAGAAGAAAGCAAGAUGGAAAAAGUGUCCCAUUUGUUGGGACAGUAUAUACAUCUCGGAGACUCGGCCUGUCCGAUGGUUCACUGGACAAGAGGGAGAGCGACCCCGAGAAGGGGCCGAUGUUGUGCUUAGACUGAUAAUGCGGCAGCCUGGAAGUACGCUUGCUUUGCCUCGAGACGGGGCUGAAUCUUUGGAAAAAGCUGAAGACAUCCCUUGGUACUUUGCUGCGGAGGUCAUGGACUACGCACGUGUGAUGAAAGGGAGCGAGGAAUAUGUGACUGACCAGUACGACGAGGAAAUUGAGGCGCUGCAGCAGCAAGAGAAAGAGGACGAGCUCAUGUUUGGGGAGGAAACUCAAUGGACAAAGAAGGCUGUGUCAUCCAUUUUGGAAGCUAAAGAGAGAGUUAAGGGCAUCGGCAAUCCUCCGAGUGCGCCCAAGCAGCCCAGCGAAAGGAAACCACGGCGCCCACUACUCGACUUCGUUAGAAGCAGUGAUGGCACGAGUGUCCACGAUUUCUAUUCAAUACAACAUGCUACAAAGUCUGGUCAAUCUCUGUCUGGAAGCUCCGUUGGUCCACAAAGUCGGUCUGGUUCUUCAUUGGAUCCGUCGCCGACAGCCACAUCAACCAGCCAGAGUAACGAAAGGACAUCUUCGGCAACAGUGUCUACUGAGUCCCAGAGUUCAGCUACUUCUCGCUCACAACCUCUAGCAUCAAGCACUGACCAAGCGUCGUCGUCGCGCUUCCGAGACAGAUCUGGCGCUGCCUCUCGUCAUGCCCACAACGAUCCACCUUUCUUCUUCUAUGAGGCUCUUAUGCACUACUACUUAUCCCCCCUUGAUAUUCGCAUUCUGAAAGCUGCGUUCGGAGAUUAUUCUUCUUUUCCUACAACCAUACUUCCACGAGUAGAGCGGGUCUCCACAGGACAUAUCAUCGACGAUGAGCUUCGACGGCGCGCAAAAUACCUCGCACAUCUCCCUCAUGGAUGCGAGGUCGGAUUCCUCGAAUGUAAUUGGACCGACGUUGUAAGUCCGGAAGUCCUCGAGGGAUUUGCGGUUGAGAUCGAGCGACGACGGAAGAAGAAUCGGGAAAAGGAAUUCCGUGAAGAGAAGGAACGUAUAAGAGCAGAGAAAGAGGAGGACGACAAAAGAUGGGCCGCUGCAAGAAGGCGACGCCCUAUCCCAUCCCAUGAUCUUAUCACCGAAUCCGAUUUCCAGCCACUACCUGAUGCGUCAGCUAUAGACCUCGCAGCAGCCUCCUCAUCACCACCUUGGUCCUCGUCAAGGACUCAAGGUGGCUCUGGAUUUGCCUCUUUAGCGUCCCCAUCUACCAGCCCUGUUGCCUCCAAGACUGUAUGGGGCACAAGAAUGAUUGUGCCCACGUCACCAGACAUGCCUGCAGUUCGGGACGAGCAUGAGCCGUCAGAGAACGAUGGCUGGCUUCAGGGAUGGGAGCGAGAUCUUUUACAAGAAGAGGAUUUGGUUGCUCAGGUUGAAGCAAGUAGUCUCGAAGCCAGCAGUUCCAACCAAGCAUUCCCAAAUGCGAGCAACAAGAAGAAAAAGGGCAAGAAGAUCACGUUAAUGUCUACGAAUGUGCGCAGGGGCGCAUAG